UAUUUGCGGUAAGGGGGAGCUGGUUACUGGUUAUUUGCAGUGAGGGGGGAGCUGGUUACUGGUUAUUUGCGGUAAGGGGGAGCUGGUUACUGGUUACCGGUCAGUCUGAGCCCCGCUAUGAGCACCGCCGCUCCCGGUACCGGUCCCGCUGCGGCCGCCGACACGGAUGUGGAAGCGGCUCUGAAGGAGGUGGAGCUGAACGAGCUGGAGCAGGAGAAGCUGCCCAUGGGCCUGGGCCUGGGCCUGGGCCUGGGCGACACCAACGGGGCAGUGAAGGUGCUGAAGGCGGGGGGCGGGGAGCCGGGCCCCAAGGACAAGUUCACGGGGCUGAGUAAGGAGGAGCUGCUGAAGGUGGCGGGCAGCCCGGCCUGGGUCCGGGGCCGCUGGCUGCUCCUCAUCCUCUUCUGGCUGGGCUGGCUCGGCAUGUUGGCCGGGGCCGUGGCCAUCAUCGUGCAGGCCCCGCGCUGCCGCCCGCUGCCCCCCGGGGACUGGUGGCGGACCGGCGGCAUCUACCAGCUCCAGGUGGCCGCCUUCCAGGACUCGGAUGGAGACGGCGAGGGAGACCUGGCAGGAGUUGGAGAGAGAAUGGAGGAAAUUGCUGCUCUCAAGGUCAAAGGCAUUAUCAUUGGCCCAAUACAUCAGACCCUUCCAGACAACAUCAAUAAAACCAAUCUAACCGAGAUUGACAGCAAAUUCGGCAACUUGGAGCAGAUGGAGAGGCUCUUGGAGACUGCCAGGAGGAAAGGUAUCAAGGUGAUUCUGGAUCUCACGCCCAAUUACAGAGGAAAGCAGGAGUGGUUCGGGGUUAACUUCAACAGGAGUGAUGGCAGCCAGGACUUGUUACAGGAGAAAGAAGCGUUUCAGUAUUGGCUGCAGAAAGGUGUGGAUGGAUUGUGUCUGCGGGGAAUCGAGCAAGUUCUGAGCUCUGCUCCGAGCAGGGUAGAGGAAUGGCAAAACCUGACCAAGAGCUUCACUGAGGACGAGAACCCCAGAGCCUUCAUCGUUGCCACAGUGAAGAAUAACAGUGGGGAAAUUCUGCAGCUGGUGAACCAGUCGGACUCUGACCUUCUCUUCAGUUACUAUCUCCGAGAAGCUCUCGUCAUGUCAAAGCCUCCAGCAGCAGCAAACGUUCGUCAAAAGGUGGAGAAGUACAUCGAGAGCUGCGGUGAGACCUGGCCGAGCUGGGCGGUUGGUGGAUAUGAGGUGGGCCACAUUGCAUCGACACUGGAGCAGUACCUGCAGGGUCUUGUUCAGGUGAUGCUCUUCACUCUCCCCGGAACGCCCUUCAUUUAUUACGGAGAUGAGAUUGGGCUGGAGGACAACCAGCUACAUCAAAAUAAACAGCCGUGGAUGUUGUGGAACGCUUCAUCAAAUGGAGGUUUCACCUCAAAAUCCAGUUUUAUAAGUAACCCACCUUUCAAUCGGACAGUGCAGGGCCAGUUGUCCCCUCCAUCUCCCCUCUCUCUGUUUAAGAAGCUCAGUUUGUUGAAAAUCAAAGAACGCUCAUUACUAUUUGGUGAUUUUGAGUCUCUGUACAGCGUGGGACAAGUAUUUGCCUAUAAACGGAUCUGGGACCAAAGUGACCGCUUUAUAGUCCUGCUCAACUUUGGACAAGAGCCUGAAAGUGUCUCACUAAAAGGCAAUGACCUGCCCACAGAAGCCUGGAUGGAGCUGAGCUCAGAGACUCACAGGAAGGAUGAAACAGUCAGUUUGACUGGAAUCCAUCUUGCUGGAGGGGAGGGGUUAAUAUUGAAAUUCCCCUUUGUUGCUUGAGGUGCUGGGACCCCUCCCCAGGCCCCUCACUCUGACAGAUAACAUGGUAACCCUAAAGAUGCUGUGUAAGGGGCUGAAUCACUAAGUCAUUCUGUUUCACAUUCCGUUUGUAUGCUGGGUUAACACACUCUCUGCUUUCUUUUGUACUGUAGUCUGUCUUUCUAACAUGACUGUGCAGUGGAGCUAACAGAAAGCUUCCCUCUUUCUCUGAGAGCUCUCCUGCUGUGGAGAGAUUGGAAAGAGGGGAGAGCUGUUUGGGGGUUUCUGAGGACCAUCCACAGGGAACAGUGGGGCUGGAAUGUGUAUUGGGGGCUCCGCAGCCCCUGCUUUUCCUGGCCUUUGGGCUGCAGCAUGGGGUGUUAAUCUGCUACCAGUGACUGUUAUACAUACGAGAGUUUAAGCAGACUGCAGCUGGCUGACUGAUGCCCAUUCCCAGCGUAUUUGCCAACAGAUAAGCAUCAGCAGGAAGGAAUCUCUGGCUGAUUUGAUGCAGCACCCGAAUGGGAGCAAAGAGUCUGAUCAAUUGGGCUGCAAACUGUUGUCCUGUUGAUCCCUGAAGCCAGAUUCACAUUGAAGCUCCCAGGACCGCAGUGCUGUGUGUGUGUCAUGGCACAGAGCCACAUGGUUAUUGUGCUGAUGCAGGCAAUAUAGAGCAGCCCUGGCUAUUAAGGUUUAGAAUCUCCACUCUCGCUGUGAAUUAACUGUUGGGUUUGGCCUGUAAUUCUUGAACAGUGUUUUUUUUAACCAGACUGAAAUUUUCAUUGUCCUUUUUAUCUUCCAUUUCAAUAAAAAUCAUUUUGAAAGAAA